AUGCAAACCGAGCUCACCAACGACGCCGAGCGCGCCGAGCAAGUCGAGCAAGUCGAGCAAGUCGAGCAAGUCGAGCAAGUCGAGCAAGUCGAGCAAGUCGAGCAAGUCGACAACCCAGACGCCGAAUCAGACGAGGAGUACGAGCGGAGGAGGAAAGAGCUUGGGCCUGGUGGAUUUGGCCUCUUACACGACCUAGUGGUCCCAUCAACUCCUGUUAGGAGGGCAUACAACCGGAUACAACGAGAGAAGGCGAAGUGGUGCGAGAAGUUUCAGCAUCCAAAGCUCAUAUACGAACCACCGACAAGGACGUUCAGCUACGACUACGUACGGAAUCUCCAUGGCACCAUAAGAACCCUGCAACGAGAGCAACAGCAAGACCGAGCAGAACUCCAAGAGCUCAGAGAGAGGCUGGCGCAGACGAAUCAAGACAAGCGAGUGGAGCGUAUGCCCGUCGACUACGAAAAGCUGGAGAAGGUAUACUCGAGAGUUCUCAAGAUGUCUCAAGUACCCCUUCCGAAUUUGACAGCAGGCACUCCGAGAGAAGCCGAGAGCCUGGAUAUCUGGAACGAUGAAGAUGAUACACUUGGACCAUGGUUUGAUGAAGCGGAAACGAUGAUCACGAAGAUGGGGAAGGCGUUCGACAUUUUCGUCGAUGACGCCAUGGACGAGUCGGAAUCCUCUCAGUGA